UAGAAAAGAAGGUAUGGAAAUGGAAGGUCGAUCCGAUCGCAGUAUGCAGUGAGUUGAGAACAGUCGGUUAACGGUUUAGUAUUUUAAAAUUAAAGAGAACAACGUCGAAUCGUUGUCGUUGGAUUCGAAUUCGGUGUUGUGAUUGCGGUGGUGAAAAAAAGUCGAGUAAAAAAUUCGUUGCACCUUAAAAGCAUUGAUUUUAAAGUUCAACAAUCAAAAAAUAUGAUCUUGGUACGAGUUUGAAGGCAAAUUCGCGAUCCGUACGAUGUAUCGGUCGAAUUUUUACGAAAGUACGUGUUUUCGCUGUGAUCAAAUAGUGUAUCAGGUCGAUCGGGUCGGACCUUUGAAAGAUUUCACCUUUUUCCAUAGCGGUUGUUUCAAGUGCAGUGUUUGCGGUACUAAAUUAACCUUAAAAACAUACUACAACAAUCAACACAACCAAGAAGACAAGGAAGUCUAUUGUUCUAGUCAUGUGCCGAAAAUCGGACCCGGUCAUUUGGAUAACUCAUCGGUGGGUAUUCGAUUAGCCCUCAAUGUACCCAAAUCGACGACCUUUGUCAACGAGCAAAUACGCGGAUAUGGUAAAGGCACUUUUGACGCCGAAGCACUUAAUAUAAAAUCGCAUUUAAACGGUCACCAUCAUAGCCAACAAUCGCCUACCAGAAGAUCGCAGUCACCUCAGCAGCCUUAUAACCAUCACCAUGAUAACAGCGGGUAUCAGUAUGGCAGAUUCGAUGCAUCAGCUUUACACAUCGCUCACGCCUUACGAGCUACUCAACUCCAGAAAUCGUACAAUCAAAAAGCCAGAGAGAAACCAAUACAAUGUUAUUUGGAUAAAGAUGAGCAAACCAGGUUAGAAAUGAAACAUCGCAAAGAAGAAGAUGAUUUGUACAGAAAAUUCGCCAAACAAAGAGAAGAGCAAGAUAAACGAAUAAAAGAGGAGAUCAGGGAUGAAUGGGAAAAAGAACUGGAAAGGUUGACUAACCGAUUCGAGAAAGAAUUACAAAUGAAACGUAAACGACCCGAGGAGCAGAAGGUGUUAACGUUGAGACUGAAACAGGAACAAGAAGAAUUAGAAAAAAAUAUGACACUUCGAAGAGAUAAAAAGAAAGAAUCAAUAACGAAAAAACUGUUGGAGCAUGAAAGAGCGGCGACGGCAGCUUUAGUUGAAAGGCAUAGUAGCGAAAUGUUAGAACUGAUUAAUGAAAAAAGAUGCGAAUAUAUGAUGGUCGAAUCGCUGUAUUUAGAAGAUGAAGAUACCAACGAAGUGAUAUCACCUUACCCGAGUCAAGCACCUUUGCCUGCUCCACCUGCUGUAUAUAAAUUCCAGUUGUAUAGUGAUCCUAUUGAAUUUGCUCAUGUCGAUCAGAUCGCUAUUUCGGUCGCGCAAGAGGACCAAAAGACUUUUACUGAUUUAGUUCGACAGUUAGUAGGAAAAUGCGAAUCUGAUAUUGAAAAAGCAAGAACGAUAUUCCGAUGGAUAACGGUUAAGAAUUUGAACACGAUGACAUUCGACGAAGAUACCAGAGGAGAUACGCCAAUGGGAUUGCUACGUGGAAUUAAAUACGGCACAGAAAGUUACCAUGUACUUUUUAGAAGACUAUGCAGUUACGCGGGUCUGCACUGCGUCGUCAUAAAAGGCUACUCUAAAUCAGCCGGAUAUCAACCGGGAGUUAGAUUCGAAGAUAAUAGAUUUAGGAAUUCGUGGAACGCGGUGUAUGUAGCCGGUGCUUGGAGAUUCGUCCAGUGUAAUUGGGGAGCUCGCCAUUUAGUCAAUGCGAAAGAAGUGCCUAAGGCUGGUAAUAAAGGCAAAUCGGAUAGUUUAAGAUACGAAUACGACGAUCAUUACUUUUUAACCGACCCUCGAGAAUUUAUUUAUGAAUUUUUCCCAUUGCAACCGGAAUGGCAACUGUUGAAGAAUCCAAUUAGUUUGCAAGAUUUUGAAGAAUUACCUUUUGUUCGUUCGUUGUUCUUCCGUUACGGUUUAUAUUUCCCUGAUUCUAAUACAAAAGCUGUUAUGAGAACUGAUUCAACAGGUGCUGCAACCGUAAGAAUAGCAAUGCCAGCUUCGUUACAAUCCAGUUUAAUAUUCCAUUAUAAUUUAAAAUGCUACGAAAACGAAGGCGAUACCUUUGACGGAGUCAGUCUGAAGCGUUUCGUGAUGCAGUCCGUAGUCGGCAAUAUCGUAUCAUUCCGAGUACACGCCCCGAGCAGUGGAGCCUUUUUAUUAGACAUAUUUGCAAAUUCCGUCACCCCAAAAGAGUACUUGACCGGCGAACCGAUGAAAUUCAAGAGCGUUUGUAAACUGAAAAUAGCCUGCGAAGAUUUACAAACAGUCAUGGUCCCGUUACCCGAUUGCGCCUCAGGUGAAUGGGGCCCGACCAAAGCGACUCGUUUAUUUGGUUUAAUACCAAUUACCCAUCAAGAUGCGUUGAUAUUCACUGGACGAGAAUUAGAAAUACAGUUCAGAAUGUCUAGACCAUUGACCGAUUUCAUGGCUACCCUGCAUAAGAACGGUACCGAAGAAAAGAAAUUAGCCAAGUUUGUCUCGCAGACCAUUGUUGACGAAGAUGUAGUCUCAUUCAGAGUGACGUUCCCCGAAGAGGGACAGUACGGUUUAGAUAUUUAUACGAGAGAAGUUUCGGUCAAUACUUCGGAAAAUAAUGAGAAACACUUAUUAACACAUUGUUGUAAAUAUUUAAUCAACAGUUCUAAAAGAAAUUAAUGUUGGAUUCGUUCCUCUGUUCCCCCUCCCUCCCUCCCUCCCUCCCUCAUUAUUUUGCAAAAUGUUGUAAAUAUAAAUUAAUAAUUUUAUUAUGUUUAUUAAUAAUAUAUUGAAGCGGACUCUUUUCCCUCGUCUUCCUCUCUUUUUUUUAUGAAUGUAAAUUGAACAAAUAAUAUGUACACGAGUAUGUCUGUUUGAAAUUUAUACGAAUAAAGUAUUAAUUUGUUAAA